CUCUUGGAGCAUGAUGCUUCUCGCAUUGAAGGAGAAGCCUCAGCUUUCACUCUCAACUCUCUUGCUACCAAGACACAAAGUCGACCCACUCGAGAGAAUGGCCAUGGGAAGAGGCAGCUGCACCAUAGCCGUGUUCCUUGCCCUGUUCCUCAUCCUGUGCGCGCCGUUCCACACUCUCGCGGCCACCCACGUCGUUGGGGAUUCGCAGGGAUGGGGCUUCUCAAUGUCGUACACCGACUGGGCCAAUGAAAAAACCUUCGCUGCAGGAGACACCCUUGUUUUCAAUUACCAAGCCGGUGCACACAACGUGGUGCCGGUGAGUGCUGCGGGCUACAAGACUUGCAAGGCAUCAGGCAGCUCCAAGGCAGCGACGACGGGCGAUGACCAGUUCACUCUGAAGAAAGGGGCCAACUACUUCAUUUGCAGCUUCCCUGGCCACUGCGCCGCAGGCAUGAGGCUCCAAGUCAUCGCGGACUGAAACAGGGGGCCCUGGCUUGCUCAUUGGAGCUUGAAGCGUUCAGCAUCUAGUACUAUCAUGUGUGGGUACGUAAAGGGGCGGUCUCUCUUCUGGCUUCUUAGCUAGCUUAAAUAAUGACCGCAGUAUCGUUAUGAACUUGUGAGUCUUUUCAGAGUGUGCAUGGUGUGUGAAUGUAUGACUAGUGGUUCCUAUGAAUAACAAUGCUGAACAAAACCAACUUGUGUCGGAAA